AUGUUUGAAAAAGAUGCAACCGACGAGUACAACAACCCAUUGCCAGAGAAGCAAUUAGACGACCGCACCAUUUACUUGUCUCGAAAUAACUACGGACCGCUUACUCAACCAACGGGUAUCAUACAGCUUGUUGAUUUUGAUCUUGCUGUCCGUUCAAUGCCUGGAAAGUUGUACUAUGGCGCGAUUCAAGGAGAGAAAUACCGAGCACCAGAAGUCAUCCUCAACUCUGGGUACAGCUACUCCGCGGACAUCUGGAGCCUUGGGCCCUUUGACUCUUGGGGACGGGACGGCACACGAUGA